GAGAUCCUGUUCACCGUGGUGAACGAGUACACGGACUGGGAGCGCACGGUGCAGCACCCCAUCAACACGCGCGACGCCACGGUGGCGGCGCUGAGCGACGCCGAGUUCGUGGCGCCGCUGGUGCAGACGGGCGACCUGCUGGCGUCGGCCGCCGCCGCCCAGCCGCCGCCCCCGCCGCCACCGCCCGGCGCCCCGCCCUCCGAGCGCCCGCACACGCCGCGCGCCUUCUUCUACGUCUUCGACUAUCAGACCAAGGAGGGCGACUACCCGCAGCGCAUGGGCACGGUGCACGGUGAGGAGCUGCCCAACCCCAACGAGCAGCAGAAGCAGGAGCCCGUGCUGGCCGGCUCCCGCGAGCGCAACCGAUUCCGCUCCAUCGUGUGGGACGAAAAGUGACUUGCUUCAAGUGACCUCGACUAUUUUCGGAUUCUUGGAGGAGAAAACAGAGACGACUCACGUGUUUCUGAGGUGUAUGAACAUAUAGAAUUGAUUGAUUAGUGAUUAGGGGAGCAUCAACAGCUAAGGCCAAUAUUCCCGUAAGCGUGGUGAGUGUUUUAUCGUGGGAG